GUCAUUCGCAGAAAUUACAUCUGUUUGUAGUAGUGUUUGGCAGCUUGCCAAGUGCCAGAAUCAGAAAAUUCCCAACAACUGGAGAAAAGGAAUUCUCUUUUCUCUUCCUUCCAUCCCAAAUAAAUUAGCGGAAAAAGCGCGACGAAAAGAAAUGAUCUUCACCAAGAACCCCACAUACAGCAACGAUUGCAUUCCGACUUUCUUUUUUGUUCUCCUCCUUUCAGAAACCGAAGAAUAUUCUUUUUUCAAGUUCGCAAUCUAAAAGACUCAACAGAAAGCCUCAAACCUUAACCUUUUGGUUUCUCUCUCUCUCUCCAUUGAUUUUGUAAUAUCCCGGAUAUUGUAUUUUGUAUUCAUGUUGGUGCUUGUAAAAGUUUGCGAGCUCCUGAAUUAGGAUACGCAGUAAAAUGCGAAACAAUUGGCUGUUUUUCAUGAAUCCAGAUGAUGGGUCUCCGAAUAUUUUACCUAUAGAGCCCCUAUUAUCACAAAGUCUUAGGGGUCCUUUAUUUUCCCCGUUAGAUAAUUCACUGCAUCAAUCUAGGUUCCUAUACAUCCCUGGAAGCUUGGCUUUUCAAGAAGUUCUUAACUGCAUGUCAAAACUUGCUGGUGCUUUACUUUUUUGGUUCACUAGUACAUCGAGUUCGAGUUUGAGCCAGCAGAUUUCGGGCAGUCAACAAGGACCAGGAGCUGGAAGCAGUAGUCAGUUUACACAAGUUAAGAACAUUACUUUGAUUAGGCAUAAUAAUCUUAUUGGUUUUCCGAUUGGCUCUAGUUCGCAAAGUGAAUCUUCCUCUCAUGUAGUGUUCGGUAAAAUCUCAAGUUUCAUGAUGAGGAUUCUAUCUAGAGAAGCUGAAAGACUUCAAUCAUUCCCUUUCCUCUCUUUAGCUACUGCUCUGGUACCGCCAUUUGACAGAUCUUCAAAGGUAUUAGCUGUUCCUUUGGAGAAUGGUGAAGUACAAGUACACAGAUCCGUAGAUCAAAUGCCUUGUGAAGUUGACCACCAUGGAUGCUCAAGCCUUUCAUUUCCUGACUUGAACUGGAGAAGACAGGCAGUUGAACCUAGAACCGGUAUUGAGUUUCCAAUGAUUUUGGACAGCAUCUUAGCCGCAGAGAAUAAAUCUAGUCUAUCUUCGGAGGUACUUGUUGGAACUGGGUCCAGAACUAUGAAAAUAAUCAAAAUAAAGUCUCUGAAGGUUUAUGCCUUUGGCUUUUAUGUUCAUCCCAACUCUGUCUGCGAGAAAUUGGGCCCGAAGUAUGCUUCUGUUCCAGCAGCUGAACUAAACAAUUGCCGGGAUUUUUAUGAGGACCUUCUCAGGGAGGACAUUGGUAUGACUGUCCGGCUUGUCAUUAACUGCAAUGGGAUGAAAAUCAAUACUGUGAAAGAUGCAUUUGAGAAAUCUCUUCGAAACCGUUUACUGAAGACAAAUCCUGACACUGAUUACAGUUGCCUAAGAACAUUUGGCUCAUUUUUCACCAAAGAUAUUCCUUUGCCUGCGGGAACAACAGUUGAUUUUCGAAGAACAGCAGAUGGGCAACUAAUAACUGAAAUUGGAGGUAAUCAGAUUGGAGCAGUCCAUAGCAAGGAUUUAUGCAGGGCUUUCUUCGACAUGUAUAUUGGAGAUAUUCCUGUGUCGGAGCAAACAAAGGAAGAGAUAGGCAAAAACGUAGCCAGUAUGAUGAGAAGGUGCUAAGCUGGGUAGUUUUGUUUUCCAUUGCCCCUGUUUUUAAAUGGGGAAAUGGUUGAUGAUGCAAUGUACUUCUGGGUCAUCUGCUAUAUGGCUUUUAUCGAUGAUACAGUUUUAGGAUGUCAACUGUAUGAGAUUCCUCAGUCCCUGGAGGAGCGCAGUCUGGAAGUCUGAAUUGCUGAGUGCUUUUUAGUGCUUUACCAUUGUUGUACUGCUUUAUUACAGCAGGUUUAGUUUGUUUAGAAUUUAACUCCCCACAGAGGGAGGGCAAGGAAAAGAAAAAAAAAGAAGAAGAGAAAUGAAAGAAGCGGCUUCCAUUCUUUGUAGCUUGACGGGGAUUUCCAGCUUGGAUGGUUCCCCUAUGUAUUAUCACUAUUAUAAUUCUAAUGAAAAGGGACCUAGUUUUCUCUCAGAA